AUGUUUUCGGGUAAGCAGAUUCUGACUCGCCUCGAUAUAUUCAUUUUCAAGAUACAGCAGUCGCGUUACUUGUGUCCAUCAGAUGGCAAGUGUACGCAAGCAACCAUCGGCGGGAAGAAGGCGCGAAAAAGUUAUGGUCCUGGAGCCAUCAACACGAUGCCCAAGGAAUUGAAUAUCAGUCGAACCGAAAACUCGCUUGACAGGACUAAGCUUGAUUCCACACAGCCCAAGUCGUUGGAACGGUUGGCACAGGUGAACUAA